AUGCCAUCCAGGAAAGCCAAAUCCGGAUCCAGCAAGAAGACGGCCGAUAAGGUCACCCCAGGUGGUGACGCGGCAGUUGACGGUCACAACGUCCAAGCGACUACGACUGAGCUGCAGAAGGACGAAACGAACGCUAAGGAUUCGGCGAUUAAAGUGUUUGUCCAUCCUCCCCCUAGCGAACAGGUAAAUGAUCAAGUUACCAAUGAAUCCAACCGGCCGGGAGUAAAUCCUAAGGAAAAGGAUACAGCCGAUAAAAACAAAACGAACGUAGUCAAACGUAAUCCGUUCCUCCGCAUACGAAAGAAUCGGGUCGGUCAUUGUCAAGUGUGUGAUGAGCGUGAUAAUAGUCGAAUGGUUCAGUGUGACGGUUGCAAUGAGUGGUAUCAUUUCUCGUGUGUAGAAGUGUCAGAAGGGAUUGCUGACGUGAGCUGGAUCUGCAUGAACUGCGAACACGCAAAGGAUCUAACCCCUUCCCCUCUGCAUACCACCAACGUAAGCAGUACAACAUCCACUGUACGGUCAAAGAGCAAGGCAAGCAGCAUCGGAAGUCAGGCCAAACGGAGACAAGCUUUGGAACUACAAUGGUUAGAGGAGGAAAAGGAGUUGGAACGACGAUAUUUAGAACUCAAGUACAAGAUUCUGUUAGAGGGCGGUAGCGACUGCUCGUCGAUUGUUAGUGAGCCCCAAUCAGUAUCAAUUUCGAAGGUGAAGAAAUGGAUAGACGACAUGGAUGGAUACGGCGAGAAGGUUGACUGCGGAUCUGAACCCGAGGGACUAGAGAAACGUCCACCGAGGAACUCGACUGCGUCUGUAGAGCACCAGGCUCCGGUUCCAGAUCAGCAGCGUGCGACCCAAGUUAAUAUCCAACUCCGACGACCCCCACAACGUGUUUCCGGCCAACAAGAGACUCGGCCAAUCUUCGGCAGCUCCCAUAUGCGACAAUCAGUCGCUCUUGCACCGGAGGCUGGAUCAUGGGCCGAAGCGAACGCGUUUGUACCAGGUCAACGUUCCACCCACGACCAUCCCUCCCAGCGUAUGGGCUUAGUGACGACACGGCAUGUGUGUUGA